GGCGCCGCGCUCAGCUCCGCGCUCUGCCCCGCCAAGGCGCCGCUGCCGCUGGUGCUGCUGCCCAAGGCGGACGCCUCGCUGGACUGGGCCGAGGAGAAACCCCCGGAGAAGCGGCCGGAGAGCGGCGCCGAGCCGCCGGCGGGGCUGUGGGGAGCCGGGCUGGUGCGGAGCAGCGUGGGCGCCCUUCCCAUGGAUUACUGGUACGUGCUGGGCUUGGAGCAGGGCAAGAGCCACCUGCCUCAGCCGCUGCGAGCCGAGGGCUUGCCCGAGGUUGAGUUCCUGCGCAGCAAGCGCCUGGCGUUCCUCCAGCCCUGGCGGCUGCCCGUGCCCGACCCUGACCACGGCUACCACAGCCUGGAGGAGGAGCAGCAGCAGCAGCACAGGGAUGUCCGCCGAGAAACUGGCGACAGCGGGGAUUUGGAGCAGCCCGAGGACGCGGGGACGCAGCCCGGAGGUGUCCCCGGGGAGCAGGAGGGGCUCCGGGAUGCGGCUGAGGAGGGAGAAGCCUUGGCCGGAGAGGAAGGUGAGGACUCGGAAACAGAGCAAAACUUCCCAGUUUCCACCAGACCUGCGUGCGCGAAUAAAUUAAUCGAUUAUAUCAUCGGGGGAGUAUCCAGCGGGGAGGAGAGUGAGGAUGAGGAGGACUGGGAUGAUGAUGAUGAUGGUGAUGAAGGUGAUGACGGCUUUGACAGCGAAGAGCUGCCCUCGGACUCAGACGCCGGCAGCCAGGACGGGGAGAGGCGCCAUCUGUGGAAUUCCUUCUACAGCUUGGAUCCCUACAACCCUCAGAACUUCACAGCCACCAUCCAGACGUCUUCCAGCGAGCCGGGAAAGGGGAUGUCGGAUGUGGAGGAGGAGGAGGAGGAAGACUCGUGGGCAGAGUCCGAGGAGGACUCUCCUAGCUCCGAGGAGGACGAGUGGGACUGCGACAGCGGGGAUGAGGCGGAAAACUUGAAACUCUGGAACUCGUUCUGUAGCUCGGACGAUCCCUAUAACCCUUUGAAUUUCACGGCUGCCUUUCAGACAGCGGAGAAAAAAGGGACGCCGCGUUCGCCGGGGGCAGAGCGGCCGAGCUCGGUCACCUCGGAGCGCUUCAGCGUGUGUAGGGUGCAGCUGGAAAAACACAACUGCGGGGACAGCGACUCUGCGAAAACAGCGAAUUCCAAGCGGAAAAAGGUGACGUUCCUGGAGGAAGUGACCGAGUACCUGAUCAGCAGCGAGGAGGACAGGAGGGGGCCCUGGGAGGAGCUGGCUCGGGAUGGCUGCAGGUUCCAGAGGAGGAUCCAGGAGACUGAGGAAGCCAUUGGCUACUGCCUGCGGCCAGAGCACAGACUCAGGGUGUUCCACAGGCUCCAGCAAUCCCAAAAAUCCCAAAAAAGGACUGAGCCCUUCUAGCACCUCCUGCGAUUUUCACCGUUUGGGAUCCUGGAAAUCCCAACCACACAACUGGCAGCUGCAUGUGCUGAAAUGGGGAGAAAAAAUGGGAUUCCCUUCCCCCCAUUUUUGUUUGGUUUUUUUUUUUUCUCCCAGUUUGAUGUUGGAAUUCCAAAUUCUCCUUUUAUUAUCCAGAUCAAAAUCCCUGGAGCUCCCUCCAGAAGGGUGAGGGUGCUCUAAUUACAUUCCUGUUAAUUAGCACUUGAUAUAACCAGGCUGCUUGAGGGUUCAAUCCAUUCCCAAAAAUUCCUGCCAUGCCUUGGGAAAGUGGGGACUGUUCUGUUGGAUUUUUUUGCACUUUGGAGAAAAAAAGAAAAUAACAAAAAAAAAAUGCAAAGCAAAACCUAUUUUGAAGGAAAUAUUUAUGGGGUUCAUUCCCUGGAAUUGCAGUUUUGAUUUGAAAUUCCCUGAGGGAUGUGCUGGUGAGAGUUUUAUUUUGUUUUAUUUUAUUUUGUGUUUUUCCAGCUUCUCCAAAAGCCUCAUUUUUAAAAAUCCCCUAUUUAUGGGGAUUUUUCCAAUGUUUGAGUGUUUCUGGAGCUUUUUGAGGUUUGAAUAUUCCAGCCAAGCUUUGGUUUGAUUGAUUUAAAUUAUUCCCUUUUCCAGGAUUAUUCCAGAGAGUUCUGGCUGCUUGUUCAACAAAUUCUUUGUUUUUUAGGAAAUUCCUCAUCCCAAUUAAUAAUUAAAACUUAAUGAGGCUGUGGAUGAUGCUUGAAUUUAGGGAGGGAAAAUUCCUUAAUUAUUUAAUUAAUCUUUGCUGUAAUUCUGCUUUGGGAGAGGGAUUGAAUUGAAUUUUUAUAUCCAAUCUGCUUAUCCUGAUAAUUUUCUUGGACUUAAGGAAAUUAUCUUGGAUUGAAGGAAAUUUAAAAAUUCCAAGUUUUCUUUCCCAAAAAUCAGUAUUAACUCUUUGUGUCUGCACUGAGGUCACCAAAAACAUUUCAGUGAAAGGACAAAACUCUUUAUUUAUAUUCUUAAUUUAAAAACAUUAAAUUAUUUUCAUCCAAAUCAUUGAGGGGUUGGAAAAAGGGGGUUUGGAGCUGGAGGUUGGUGUGGGAAUUUUCCAAGCAGGGAAUAAAAACAGAAAAAUUCCAUUGUUUGCACAAAGUUGGGUCAAUAAAUGAAUUAUUUGUUCAGCUGGCCAGAAUAAUUUCCAUUUUGUAGAAGAAAAAAAAACUUCAAACUUCAUAAUUCCUUCAGUUUUUAUUUUGGAAGAAAUUUAUUUAUUCCUGCUUUAUCCUGACUUGAAAAUCUCAGAAUUUUUGGAUUUAUCCUUUUUUUUAAUUUAUUAUUGCUGGAAGUGGCUUGAGUUGAAAAAUCCUCUUUUUGUGAUGCAAUUAGGAAAUUUAGAGGAUUAAUUAAAUUAGAGUUGUGUUAAUUCAAAUUCCAGCAGCAUUCCAGCUGUUUCCCAUCCCAAAAAAUUGGAUUUUUUUUCCUUCAAAAUUUGCAUCACACCCC